AUCCGGAUGGGGCCCCCGCGCUUCGGGAAGGCUCCGCCGACCUAGUCGGUGCUCCCGCAUCGCCCAAUCAGCGUUGGCGCUGAGAUUGUACUGGAAGCGGCGUGAUCGAAAGGCAAGGGCUGGGCGGAGCGACUACCGCGGUAGCAAUGGCUCAGGCUGAUUUUGAAAAGGCGGCAGAAGAAGUCAAACGUCUCAAAACUAAACCAUCUGAUGAAGACAUGUUGCUCAUCUAUGGUCUCUACAAACAAGCAACUGUUGGAGAUGUGAAUACAGAACGCCCAGGCAUGCUUGACCUGAAAGGGAAAGCCAAGUGGGAUGCAUGGAGUGCAAAAAAGGGUACAACUAAGGAAAAUGCAAUGAAGAAUUACAUUGAAAAAGUUCAAGAGCUGAAAGAAAAACAUGGCAUGGAAUAGUUUGUGGCCUUAAUAAAGUGGCACAUUUUAUUUGGAAUUGUAGGAAAUAAACACAGUUAAUUUUUUAUCUUCAUCUUACUGAGAUAUUAUCUAAACAGGACUGCCUUAAUGGUGGUAUGAUUACUUUGAUACGAUUACACGUCUCUUCAUAAUAUUUACUAAUGUUUAGCCAUACUUGAGAAUUGGAAAUCUGGAUUUACAAUAAACCUAAGAAAAAUAAAAUCACAA